CUGCUGAAUUGCCUGAAGGUGACGACCAGCCAUUACCAGGCCCAGGCUUCUGUUGCACAAAAUACACAUCAACUAAACUGCCGCUGGAUCGCGUGGUGGGUUAUGAAUAUGCCAACAGCAGAUGCGCCAUGCCAGCUGUCAUAUUCAGGACGAAGAAAAACAAGAUGGUCUGUGCCAAUCCUGCUGAAAAAUGGGUCCAGGAUCGCAUAAACCAUCUCCCUCCACCAAAGUGAUCCUUUCCCCCCAUUUCCAGCUCCUUCUGAGGGAGAGAAGAGAAAGCAGAGCUUGAACGAUCUCAAAGUGUUUAAAGAAAAGAAUCAGCCCUGUAAAAUGAAAAAAGUAUUAAAAGGAAUACCUCUGA